UUUUUCCCAAUUCCCACCACUUGAGCAGAAGCUGCACAACCAAGAGCCAACAGAGCAACGCCCAGGCACACACGACACGAACCAGGCAGCUGCGGAGGGAGGAACCCUAGCGGAACAGGUGACGGCGGCGCGCUACCGGUGACGGGGGAUACGGCGGCAUCGUCCCCUCCUCCAUCCCCGGCGCGGCGGCGCCAGCAGCCGGCCUGCAGGCUGUUUGAAGAGCUCGCCAUUUAAUCUCAAUGGAAGCCAAGUUUUUCCGUUUCCUGAAGCUCGUUGGGGUCGGCUUCAAAGCGAGGUCAGAGAGCCAAGGCCGUGAGUUGUUCCUUAAACUGGGCUUCAGCCAUGAGGUGCAGUUCACCGCUCCUCCAGCUGUCCGUGUCUUCUGCUUCAAACCCAACAUAAUCUGCUGCACCGGCAUCGAUAAGGACAGGGUGCACCAGUUCGCCGGCGCCAUCCGGAGCUCUAAGGCUCCAGAGGUGUACAAGGGGAAGGGGAUCCUGUACAUUGACGAGGUUAUCAAGCUGAAGCCCGGAAAGAAGCGAAAAAAUAAGUGACGAUCCGAAGGCGUUACAACUUUGUCUCUGUCUUUUAACCCCAUGCUUCGCAUUUGUAGUGAUCUGGAUCUGGGGUCUGCUGUGUUGUGUUGUGUACUUGCGUUGUGCUACACAGAUCACCAUUAUCUUACCUUUACCUCAGCUGCAUGUAGGACCAUGAGUGGGAAUAAGUUACCAGUUUGUUGAUAUGAGCUGGAACGUUGCUUUGCGAAUUGGAUUGGAUUACCGAGUGGGAUGUUUUGUUUCAAACUUGAAGUCUUUCAAUAGAUUGUUGCAAA